UUUUGAAAGGAGGCUGGACUGCGAGGGGGAAAAAGAACCCCGUGGGGAAAUUGUCCCACCGGGCGGAUUGCUAGUCGCUGCUCGCUUUGCGGGACUUAAGUACCCAGUCUUACGAGGCGCAUCACUCUGUUGCCUAGAGGAUCUGGGAGUCACUGUCCUUGGGUUCUAGUCCCUUCGCUUGCAUGGACUCUGCAUGAACUAAGCCUUCUUUUUACCCAGUUCUUCUUGACUUAGUUUCAUCAUCUGCACAAUAAAGAAAGGUUGUAACUGCUGGUCUUAACAUUCCAGAACUGUAAUGGGGUACAGAGGAGGUAGAGAUGCUAGACCCACACGUGACUUCCCCGAGCGGGGCUCCGCCUACUCCUGGUCCAGGGGGUGGAAGCACACUGCGAGGACUGGGGUGGGCGGGUCCUCGAAACCCGAUCCGGCUGCCCUUGGCAGCGACUAAGGCUAAGCGCACAGCUGGGCGGCCCGCUAGCCCUGGGGUGGUUCUAGAGGAGGAUGGGGUCCGCUCUUCGAGCUUCUCAGGGAGCCGCUGGAAAAGCAAGAGUCGUGCAAAGAUAAGUGUGUGCCUCGGAGCGCGUCUGGAAAGAAUGAACAAGCGAAUGGGAGGUAGCUGACUCAACUCCCUCUCCGCGCUGGGUCUUUGGAGGUGCAAGUCGCGAGUCCUUGGAGAGCUUUGUGGCUAGCUGCUGAAACGCGGAACGAAUCACGGGCCAUGAAGAGUGUUCAGACCGCUCACCUCAAAGGUGGCAUCUGGGCUGGCAGCGUCCUGCCGCGCUGAGGGUGUGAGAGGGGUGCGGGCUGCUGGAUCUCGACGGAGCGCACCACCAUGGCCAGAGAGGAAUGCAAGGCGAUGCUAGACGCGCUCAAUAAGACCACCGCUUGCUACCAUCAUUUGGUGCUGACCGUCGGCGGCUCAGCGGACUCACAGAACCUGAGGGAGGAACUACAGAAGACCCGCCAGAAGGCGCGGGAGUUGGCGGUGACCACUGGUGCCCGGCUGACUGUUGCGCUGCGCAACCGGGGUCUGGCCGCGGAGGAUCGCGCGGAAUUUGAGCGCCUCUGGGUGGCCUUCUCUGGUUGUCUGGACAUACUGGAAGCCGACAUGCAACGCGCACUGGCGCUGGGAGCCGCGUUCCCGCUGCAUACGCCUCUGCGGCCGCUUGUGCGCACAGGUGUAACUGGUGAUUCCUCCCGGGUAGCAGCGCGCGCCUUGAGCGCCCGCAGCCUAAGUCACCAGGCUGAACGCGAUUUCGACGUCUCAGAUCUGAAGGAGUUGGAGCGCGAGGUCCUUCAGGUGGGCGAGAUGAUCAACGACAUGGAAAUGAAAGUCAACGUGCCGCGUUGGACAGUACAGGCCCAGCAGACCGCGGGCGCCGAACUUCUGUCCAGUAACAGCAUGGGCGCCUCCUCCGUCGGCGCCGUGUCUGUAGAAGAGCCCUCGAGAUCCUGCAACCCCAGCAAGGCCUUGGCUGCUACUCUUUUCAGCGCCGUGCUGCUGGCGGCUGUGGCCCUAGCCUUGAGCGUGGUAAAGCUAGGUUGAUGCCUGACGGCCACCCCUACCCACCGCCUGCAGCCUGCUCCCUCCCGGGGAACAAGAUUCAAAAUGGGCUUUGCAGUCUGGCCUGUUAAGGCAAGCAGCACAAAAACACCGUGUGCGCAUGUGUAUAUGCAUUUCUAGCACACCUCUGCCUGGGCAGGACAUGGUUUUCUUUUGCUGGCCCGGGAGGAGUUAACUUUGCUUGAGCUGUCAGGGCAUUACCCGCUAAUAUCUUCAAGAGCUUUAUUCCCUAUUAAUAGAAACGAUCCAUAGUGACCCCGGAUUCCUUUGAGUUAAUGGGUUAACGCAUGUGCUACUGGGGCGUCUUCACACGGAGUCCAAAUUUGGUGCCCCUCUCCUGCAGGCAUCUCCCACUCUCUGCAUGGGACAGUUUGGAGAAGUGGGUGAGGUGGUAUGAAGCAUGAAGAGGGGGAUGGUUUUGCUGUUUGUAGGUGGCUGAUUUGUUUCCUGGACAAGAAACGAAUUGCAAUAAGAUGUAAGCAGGUAUUAUUAUUAUUAUUAUUAUUAUUAUUAUUA